GAAGGCAAUUAAGGCAUUGAUUUUGUAGAAAGUUGUUUUGGAGACAAUUAACUAAUAAUAAUGAGUAGUGUAAGAAAGGUGGAAGAGGAUCGAGAUGGAAGUGUGAGUUUGGAGGUUUUAAGGAUGAAAAUGGCAGAGUUUUCUAAACAAAGGAAUUGGGAACGCUUUCAUAGCCCUAGAAAUCUCCUUCUUGCUUUGGUGGGAGAAGUAGGAGAAUUAUCAGAAAUAUUUCAAUGGAAAGGAGAGGUACCAAAAGGGCUGCCAGAAUGGGAAGAAGAUGAGAAGAAGCACUUGGGAGAAGAGCUUUCUGAUGUGCUUUUGUAUUUGGUUAGACUCUCUGAUAUUUGUGGCAUUGAUCUUUCUAAAGCUGCCUUAAGGAAAUUGGAGCUCAAUGCUAUUAAGUACCCUCUUCACAAAUCCACUGAUAAUAAUAAUUAAUAUCACUCUCCCUUCAUCACCUAAUUUUACACUACUAUUUCUCUUUUUCUUUUAUCAUCCCCAUCCUGAGAUUGAUUGAUACGUGUAAGCUUAGGUCUACGAUAAUGUUAUAAAUAAUAAAUUUAAUUAGUUUACGAGAGAUUAUUAUAAAUAUAUUUGGUUACUAUUUC